AUGUUACAGUAGCACACAGUACCUGUUGAGUGAUGCACAAAACUUACCUUUUAAACCUUAAACCGGAUUCGCCUGACAAUUGAUUUUACAUCUGUAUAUGGUGCCAUAUUAUUAUUAUACAUCGGUAAAGCCAAUAUUCAACCAAACUAUCCUACCAACGUAGGAGGAUAUCAAAAUGGUUCUGUGAAAAGUUUUCACUGAAAACCAUUAUCCAUCACGUGUUUAGUUUCUACCCAAGAAAUAAAUCAUCCACAUCUACUUACAUACGCAUCUACGAUUCUACGCAUCGGAAACAUUUAAUCCUACUAUUUUUAUUUAUACAAGUAGAAUUUUAAAAUGUUUUUCGCAAAUUCUUCGGCGUCCAACGUGUAUCGAUGGGUGGGGGACGGACUGCAUAUCUUCGCCAUUGUCAUUCUCCUGGUCAAAUUCUAUGUUCGAAAGAACUCGACUGGCGUAUCGGGUAAAACGCAGCUAUUGUUUGCUUUGACUUACACCGCUCGCUACCUUGAUGUUUGGACUAACUGGGUUUCCUAUUAUAAUACUGUGAUGAAAAUUUUCUACAUAAUCAUCUCCUACUUUAUUGUCUACUUGACGCUUCGUGUAUUCAAAGAGACUUACAACAAGGACCACGACUCUUUUAGAAUUGAAGUCUUGCUCAUUCCCGUCACUCUGUUGGCAUUUACUAUAAAUUACGAAAGCACUUUUAUGGAGAUUUCCUGGGCUUGGAGUAUCUACUUGGAAUCUGUGUGUUUGGUCCCACAGCUUUACAUGAUCUGGAAGGCGAAAACGUCAGAUUUCUACGUAAUCUUGUAUGUUUUAUUCAUGGGUCUUUAUCGAGGGCUGUAUAUUGCAAAUUGGGCCUACCGCUACAAAAUGGACGGCUACGUUGACCUCAUCUCCAUCACCGGAGGGAUUAUCGAGACAUUCAUCGCGCUUGUUGGAUUUCUGUGUGUCAUUUCACAAUCUGUGACCAACGCCCUGUCAAGCUCCACUAAUGGCAAGAAAGUCACUGGAAGGCCCGAGUCCGUUUAUGUGGUUCCCUUGAUUUCCAGUGAGUGCAAGUCAAAGGUUGAUGCCGUUGGAAAACCCAACGCUCAUCAUCUCUCGGUGUGAUCCUGCGGAGAGGGAAAGCUGUUGUUGCUUAAAUAUCGAUCCGUAUUUUACGUAAUGUGGUGAUGUUGGGUAGAUCUUUUCCGUAUAUUUAUAUAUCACACGGCUGCCUGAGUAAGCUGAUUUUAAGCAAAAUGAAUUAGCGGUACUUAUAUCUUUCUCUGAGCAAUUAUCUAAUUUAAGUUUGGGACAUCCCUUUAUUUUAUAUGUUGUUUUUUUUGCAUUGGUCUCAAAUUUCAAUGGUGAUAUGUACAUAGAUUCAUAAGAUGACAGAGUAGUAAAAAAAGUACUAUACAAAGUACAACGUGGACACGGCUGUUGUUGCUGCUUGUUGGACGCGCAAGCAAUAAUGGCAGGCGAAUUGGAAGUAAUAAACCUUUGCACCACUUUCACACUUGUCACUUUCUCCAUGUUCAAUCUAUUUGAUGGGGUGUGAUGUAAGUUAUUGUGCUGAUCCCACAAAGUGGCAAGUACAUAAAUAUCCCAAACUGCUUUUAUUCCCUGGAUUCACUGCAGUUUGUGUAUAGCUUAACGUUUACUUGUUCCAAAUAAACAAUGCUAUUUCAAAAAUGUUGCAAUGUCGUGGACCAAGUGUUAUUGCGCCAUUGCUGGAUUUUUUUACGGAUGCAAUGUGUUUCAGUUUAAAUGGUGUACUGUUUUCGGUUCGUUUAUUUAUGCAUUGUAAAACCUAAGUUUGACAAUCAACAUUGUUGCAUGGUGUUCACGUUUCUAACGUUGUAUGCACGAGUAUAUUUAUGGAACAAAUAAACAAUGGAAAAAUAAAUUUUUUAGAGAUACAAAACA